GUUCGGCCCAGCCCAUGAAUUUUGUAUGGCCCAUUUCCACCCAAUUCACGCGAUCUCAUUGCUGAGUCAGACGGCAAUGGCGGCAGCGGCGGCGACUCCCAUGCCAGCUUGUCAUCCCGGCGAGACUGACGACGAAAUGGGUCCCAGCAGCGGCGCGGCGCCGCCGGCGAGAAGCAACAAGGACAGGACCACGCCAGCCUCCUAAGACCCCUGCGCAAAGGUUCCGAGACAAUCGAACAAGAAGGCACAAACAUAUAGAUUAGCUAAACAGGCUACAAAAAUCUGUUCCCCACUAUUGUACUUUUAUUUAGUUGUCACACAAAUCAGAACCAGUCUCAUGUUGGUAGUUGUGAGGUGAUACAAACACUUCACAGCUGUUCUUGGGGAAGCUUUUCCCCACAAUCUGUGUACUAUGUUGCUAACUAAAUGAAUAGAAGAACCUAAUAAAAAAACUGUAUUGUAUUUUUUCCAUUUCUUUUUGGAUCAACACACCUCACAUUGACCCUUUUAGAUUAUCUCUCAUUGCAUCACCUAUGUCCUUGUGGGCUAUUCAAUGAAAGGCUCAACAUAAGUCUCCAGUUAAAAGAGCGACGUGCAAUGCAUUUGCAUCUCUUAGAUGAAUGGCCAGAAAUUCAUUUACUGUGUAGCUGUGUAUAGUCUCCUGGGAUUAGGCAACCAUUCUUUGAUAGAUCGAUCCUUCGGUUUAUCAUCACAACAAAAAUAGCAAUGUGGUCUCACGAAAGGCACCGAAACGCACCAGCUCUAGUACAGGGAAAAGAUUUUGUUGGUCAUCCAAAACUCUACAGACACAAUCAGCUAUGGACAUUGCGCAUUGGGAUAAUUGUCUCUUUUCAUUUGUUUCUUCAAUUUUCUGUAUAUCCGAUAGGAAAUUAAAUAAAUUCUGAGCAAGCACACUCAACCCAAGUCUUAGAGAAAAAACAAAACCAAUGUAUAUAUUUCAGGUGCCUGAGGAAACAAUCUAAUACAAGCAAUCACAACUCAUGAGAGACAAUUCACAAUUUUUUCUAUAGUCAAACAAUGACAAAAUUACCUAUUGCCUGAAACAAAAACAACAAAAAUCAGGCACCUGAAAUAUAGAAGUUCUUAAACAUUGUGAAAAGGAAAGAUUAUCAAAAUAUUACAGCUAGUUUGACUGAAUCAACCCCAGCCCGCAACUGAGUACUCUAGACAAUUUUUAGCAUAACAUUGUUAUCCGUCCCGACCAAUGUAAAUCAGGUGCAGGUGGUUAUUAAAUACUUCAUUCUAGUAUACUACCAAAAUAGGAAGUUGCUAGGAAGAUGGGCCCUCCUCUUUGUAUAGGCACCUAUCCUUCGCUGUGAACAUGUACUUGGCUGUGCACCCAGUUUAGGCCGGCCGCAAACAUAGCAUCGAUGCACACGCCACACACAAUGAACCCCCAAUUGCUCAAAGCUGUCUCCAAUGGCGACGCAGACCUCUUAGCACAAAUCCUAUCCACAACAACAAUAGCUGAGGACAGCCGCUGCGCAUGCCUAGAAGGUGUCACAGCAGAUGGCAGCUCUGCGCUCCAUAUUGCAGCCCGUCAUGGGUACCUGAAGCUCGUUGAGAUGAUCUGUGAUCAGGACAUAUCACUUAUCAAGGCAACGAACAAUCUGCUCGACACGCCUCUGAUCUGCGCUGCAAGGGCUGGGCAUGCGGAUGUGGUGGAUUACCUCAUCCAGCUUGCUUCCACCCAGCGAGAUACUGAGUAUGUACUGAGGGCACGGAACUCCGGAGGCGCGACGGCAGUUCAUGAGGCUGUUAGGAAUGGCCAUGCAUCCGUCUUGGGGAAAAUCAUGUCGAGGGAUGCAAGCCUUGCUGCGAUGGUUGAUGGGCAAGGUGUCUCCCCGCUCUACAUGGCGGUUGUGUCCAACCGGGCUGACAUGGUUGACAUCUUGAUACGUGAAUCUCGUGAAGGUAGUGUGAAAUCGCCGGCGAGCUAUGCUGGACCAGAUGGACAAACUGCACUGCAUGCUGCGUUUUUUGCUACAAACGCUCAUAGUAUGUGCAAGUCCCUGCAACGCUGGGACCCAGCGCUUGCGGAAAAGGCUGACAGCUCUGGAAGAACUGCCCUUCACUAUGCAGCAUCAUUUGGGAAGCUUGGAGUGGUCAAACUUUUACUGGUCAACAGCUUGCUUGCUUACAUUCCAGAUGAUGAUGGUCUGUAUCCUGUGCACUAUGCUGCUAUGGCUGGUUACUCAAUAAUUAUCCGUGAGAUCAUGGAGAUAUGCCCGAGCUGCGAUGAGUUGGUUGACAAGAAACAUAGAAGUAUUUUGCAUUGCGCCGUCGAAUUCGGGAGGGCUACUGUUGUGUGGUACAUCUGUGUUAACCCAAAGUUCAUGAGUAUAAUGAAUGCGGGCGAUAGUGAAGGAAACACACCACUACAUCUGGCUGUAAAGCAUGGGCAUGUGUUGAGCUUCAUCCUUCUUAUGAUGGAUAUUAGGGUGAACCUUGGUAUUAUUAACCAUAAGGGAUUCACACCGCUAGGGGUUGCCUGGAAUGAGAAUGCCCAUAAAUAUUCAUUCUCAGUGUUCAUGGAUAUUUACAUGGAAGUGUCCUUCUUCUGCUGUGAAGCUUAUUCCAUUCCAUCUGACUUGGUUGGAAAUCAGAGAUACAAUCAUUGCUUGGAAGACAAUAAGAAAUCCAGCAGAUUCUCCAAAGUGUCCCAGACCAUGUUAUGUCUCUCUGUGCUCAUUGCAGCUGCGUCAUUCGCUGCUGCUUUCACUCCACCUGGCAACGAGAAGGCGGGCAUGGCACCGCUUGAUGGGGAGUCUUAUUUGCAGAGUUAUGUUGAAGCAAAUACCUUAUCAUUUUAUCACUCCGCAAUUGCGACGUGCCUGCUUAUACAUGCCAGUCUAGCAACUAUACCCAUAAGAUAUCGCAGCAAUUAUCUGAGAGUAUCUGCUGUCAUGGUUUUAACAGCAGUUGUGUGUAUGUUUGAAGCAUUUACGAGUGUCGUACGGCUAUCAUUGGACCCUCAAAAGAGCUUUUUCUUUUUCUGCGCAUUGUUAGUGCAACGAGCGGAAUACUUUUUGUUGUGCCUGCUGUUAAUAAUCCCAGUAUGUCUCCGGGUUUUACGAAAGAUAAAACAUCCCAGGCCGGACAUGCCUUUCAAAGUACUGGCUGCUCUAGCUAGUUUUCUUAGAAUAGGCGUUGCCCUUUACAUGAUAUCUUUCGUUACAAGAGUCCAGCCUGGUAAACAAGAGUCCUGUAGCGGGCCUGAGUGUCAUGAUGGAGUUUUACUACACCCUACUUGAGGUUCUUGAUAAUCUCUUGAUGUUCUGAAACUGGUAGCAGAGUAUGACAUUGCUUUUCUCAGCUAAUGUUUUUCUGUGCAUCAAGAUAUUAUCAUGUUCAAUAAGAGAAGCUGUAAUUCUAUCGCUGCCGCCUUGCUCUUGAGCUGCCGGGCAUGCUGCCGGCCACUUGUAAAGGAUUUAGUUUGGUCGUUGUAACAGAUUUUGUUUUCAUGUUGUACCAAUGCUGAUUGCUGAUUUUAAUGAAUACAGGAUUGUGUGCUUUUUUAUAGCAACAA